AUGCAUAUCGGUCGAUCAUCUCUUGAUGUAGGAGAAGGAGAAGAAUGCCUUUGUGUCUCUCGUUGGAUAUCAAACGUGAUGGAGCGUAAGGUAUCCCAUCUUGAUUUACGUGUUACUGUGAACUGGGAUGAUUCUAUGCCUGCAAGUAUCUUCGUGAGCAAGUCACUGGUUACGCUGAGAAUUGAAGCUGGAAAUGGUGCCUGCAUUGAUGUGGAAGAUGUUUUUCUUCCGAACCUAAAGAAUCUACAUCUUGACUGUAUUGCGUUUGGAAACGGUGAUCAUUCCCUCGUCAAGCUUAUCUCUGCAUGCCAUGUCCUUGAGGAACUAGUCCUGAUCCAUGUAACUUGGGACGGUUAUUUGAACCGCUCCGUGUCUUCCAAAACCCUCAAGAGACUAACACUGCGCUGUGAAGACUGUGAUCGAAACCCGGAUAGUGUUUCAUUUGAUACGCCAAAUUUUGUCUACUUUGAAUACGCUGAUCAUGUUGCGUACAAGUAUGAAAUUUCGAGUUUCGACUCACUUGUUCAAGCUAGUAUCGCGUGCACAUGCAAGCUAUGGAGAUCUUUGGUCGGAAAUGCAACAGAGCUUCUUAAGCGGAUAAGCAAUGUUCAGAUCCUUUACUUAUUUGCCAACACUCUUGAGGUUCUUACCUUCUGCUGUGAACCAAUACCGGUAUUCAAAAACCUGAUUCAUUUAACCGUUAAGACUCACUGGGACAUAGGAUGGGAAUCAUCGCCGGCUCUACUCAAGAACUGUCCAAAUGUAGAAACCCUCGUCUUCGAAGGACUCCAUCACAAAAAUACAAUCAAAUGCGAGGACGUUGACGGGUGCCUAUGCAAAUCUUCAGAGGAAAUUUCUAGUUUCCUAUCAUCAAGUCCAGUGAAGAUUCUAAAGAUACUCAAGUUUGGUGAAAUUUCAGUUUACAGUGAUGACAAGGAGAAGCAGAAGCAGGUGGAGCUGGUUAAGUAUUUCCUCGACAUAAUGCCGAAUCUUGAACAAAUGAUAUUGUGCUACAAUGCUCGAAUUGAUGAAGAUUUGAAAAGCCGAGUUGAGAGGCUAGUUACUAGGGGAUCUUCAUCGAAGUGCAAUGUCCAACUAAUCAGUGAUAACAUCAGCGAACCAAUUUACCCUUACUCCUUUGACGACUAA